AUGGCACCCAUAACACGCGGUCCUUGCCGGGGCUAUCAUGUGCGCUGGGGCUAUGAUCCGGCCGAGAAUCGUUGUGUACGGUUUGUUUACGGAGGCUGUGGUGGGAAUGCGAAUAAUUAUGAGAGCAUUGAGUGGUGUGAAUAUUUCUGUCUCGAGACACCGGACGCAUUCUACGGGGAAUUGCUCAAACCGAUUUGUUGA